AUAUAUAUAUAUAUAUAUAUAUAUAUAUAUAUAUAUAUAUAUAUAUAUAUAUAUAUAUAUAUAUAUCCCCCUCCUCCGCGGCAUUCUCUCGACGAGUUCCGGGUGGACUUCCGUCCGAUACGUCCUCGGUUCCCCCAUUCCCAUUCGGAUUAGGAAGAAUUGGUUGGAAGAUGUGGAUGGUUGUAAUGCGUGAUUUGGGAGACUAGGCCCGGCCUCCGGUUGAUCGUAGCGAUAAAUGGGCUGCUUUCCGUCGAGGGCUAGAAGGCAAUACCCAGGAUACGAGGACCCGGUGGUUCUUGCCUCCCAAACUGCUUUCAGCGUCAGUGAAGUAGAGGCACUCUUUGAGCUGUUCAAGAGCAUCAGCAGUUCUGUGGUUGAUGAUGGGCUAAUAAAUAAGGAAGAGUUCCAGCUUGCCUUAUUUAAGAACAGAAAAAAGGAAAACCUCUUUGCAAACAGGAUUUUUGACCUAUUUGAUGUGAAGCAAAAGGGGGUCAUUGAUUUUGGUGAUUUUGUUCGGGCACUCAAUGUGUUUCAUCCAAAUGCUCCACAAGAAGAUAAAGUUGAUUGUAAGUCAUUAUCUUGUUUUAUCAUUUUUGGCUUAUUGCUAAAAAAAUCGUUACAGUUGGUGAUGCUUGACAUGACUACAGUUUCAUUCAAGCUUUAUGAUUUGGACGGCACAGGCUUCAUCGAACGGAAAGAGGUCAAGCAGAUGUUAAUUGCACUUUUAUACGAGUCAGAAAUGAGACUGUCUGAUGAGACUGUUGAGUUAAUCCUAGAUAAGACAUUUUUGGAAGCUGAUGUGAAUCAAGAUGGGAAAAUAGAUAAAACAGAAUGGGCGAAUUUUGUUUCUCGCAAUCCAUCAUUAUUGAAGAUAAUGACUCUUCCAUAUCUCCGGGACAUAACAACCACAUUUCCAAGUUUUGUUUUUAAUUCUGAGGUCGAUGACAUUGCCACAUGACAUUCUGCUGUCAAUACAAGGAGCUGCCAGUCAUCGACACAUCUGUACAGGGACAGAGAAAGAGCGCUCUAUCAAUAUUUAUAUCAACCGACAGAUUAAGAUGUUAAUGGAAUUGCCGUCUAAUUUGGCAUACUAUAAUGUGUGUUUUCUGGUUGCUUGGGUAUGCACCAUGUGAAAUUCUUAAUUUUCCAUGCACGUUGGGUGGUAGUCCGAGAUCUUAUACAAAUCCAGUUUGAUAUCAUCAAAUGAGACGCUAAAAUAUUGUAUUUUAUCUCGUAAAAGUUCUAUAGACAUAUUAUACAAUGGCACGAUCCAAUGACUGUUCGGCUGGUGAUUUAUGAUCUUAAA